UGAGUCUCGGCUCGGAGACGUUUCGGGCCCGGAGCCGCCGCCGCCGCCCCCGCGCCGCCCCCGCCCCGCCCGCCCCCGGCGCUGCCGCCGCCCCGCGCCCCCCUCGGCCCCGCCCCGCGCUCCGCUCUCCUCCUCACGGCAUCCGGCGGCGAGGCCCCGGCGGCGGCGGCGGCGCGGCGGCGAGAGAGGCCCCGGCGCCAGCGGGAACGCGGCAGAGAGGCGAGAGGCCCCCGCGCCGGCGGAGCCAACCCCCCCCUCCCCUCCGUGCCCGCCCGUGUCCCCCGCGCCGAGCCCCGGCCCGCGGGCGGCGGUGGCUGUUGGUGACAGCUUACAAAGGUGACCAGUAAAGUUCUCUCUGAGCAGCCAAAAAGCAGACAGCUCAUGACUUCUGAUCAGGACACUAAAGUUGUGGCUGAACCGCAGGUGCAGCAAGUACAAGAAGUUAAGGACGGUUCUCAUCUAGAGUCAACCAAGGUUUCCGAGUUAAACCCUAAUGCAAAGGUGUGGGGAAAUCAUAUGUUACACUUGGAAGCAAGUGGUGCCACUGAUGGUAGUGUGAGCAAAACGUGGGAAGAAAUACCUGACCAACCUCCAGAUUCUUGUAAAGAAGGACUGGAUGCCAACGGUGAUGGCGACAAAAAGCAUCAGAAUGCAGUGCUGACAGAGCUGCCGGAGCCGUCACCAGCUGUUUCGGUGUCAGACCAGACAGAUAUGAACCCUUUGGCUCUCGAUCAUUCUGAGUAUGAGUCUAUGCAUGAAACCACCCAGACAGGUGGAAACGAACAGUUGCAGCCAGAAGGUCAGGAAGAUUUACGAGAAUUACUGAAAAAGACACUGGAAUUCUGUUUAUCUAGAGAAAAUCUUGCCAGUGACAUGUACCUUAUAUCACAGAUGGACAGUGAUCAGUAUGUGCCAAUAAUGACAGUAGCAAACCUUGAUCAUGUCAAGAAACUCAGUACUGAUAUGGAUUUGAUUGUUGAAGUGCUGAGAUCGUUGCCUUUAGUUCAAGUGGAUGAGAAGGGGGAAAAAGUUAGGCCAAAUCAGAAUCGCUGUAUUGUGAUUUUACGUGAAGUACCUGAAUCUACUCCCAUUGAAGAGGUUGAAGCACUUUUCAAAGGAGACAAUUUGCCUAAGUUCAUCAACUGUGAGUUUGCCUAUAAUGACAAUUGGUUCAUCACAUUUGAAUCUGAAGCCGAUGCACAGCAGGCUUACAGAUACCUUAGAGAAGAAGUGAAAACUUUCCAAGGAAAACCAAUUAAGGCAAGGAUAAAAGCAAAGGCAAUAGCUAUAAACACAUUUUUGCCAAAGAAUGGAUAUAGACCUCUGGAUAUGAACCUCUACACGCAGCAGCGUUACACAACAUCCUUUUACAUACCUCCAGUAUACAGUCCCCAGCAGCACUUCCCAUUGUACAGCUUAAUUGGCCCACAGACCUGGUCAGCCACACACAGCUACCUUGACCCUUCAUUGGUAACACCAUUUCCAAAUACUGGAUUUAUCAAUGGGUUCACAUCUCCAACCUUCAAGCCUGCUGCUUCUCCAUUGACAACACUCAGACAAUAUCCUCCCAGGAACAGGAAUCCUAGCAAGUCUCAUAUACGACAUACAAUACCCAGUGCAGAGAGGGGACCUGGGCUUCUAGACAGUCCUACAAUAUUCAACUUUUCUGCUGAUCGUUUAAUCAAUGGCGUCAGGAGUCCACAGACGCGGCAGCCGGGACAAAGCAGGACACGGAUGCAGAGUGCUACUACGAGUUACACCAAGAGGGAAGUAGGAACUGGGCGGAUGGAACAGACCAGCGUUGACUCGUCUCCUGGACUGGGGAGAGGAAGGAAAAACUCAUAUGGCUACCGGAAGAAAAGGGAGGACAAGUUUACAAGAGGCCAAACACAGUCUCCACCACCCGUAAAACCUCCAUCUCCCAGCUUUGAAUUGGGUUUAUCUAGCUUUCCUCCAUUACCCGGGGCUGCUGGCAAUUUGAAGACCGAAGACCUAUUUGAAAACCGACUGUCCAAUGUGGUAAUAGGAACAUCAAAAGAAAGAAACAUUAAUGUGGAUGCAAGUACAAACACUAUUCCGUCAGGAAUUCCUCGAGAGCCGUUGUUACCGGUUUCUUCUACAUUGCCCAGGACCUUUGAAAGGUCUCCUUCGCCACCCCAGUCUUCUGAGGACCCCAAGGUUGUGGAUAAACAGCAGAGAGAGACACAGAGUACAGAAAGACUUUCUUCUUCCUCACUCAGUACUGCAUGUAAAUCGGUACAAGUCAAUGGGGCUGCCAUAGAACUGCGAAAACCUAGUUAUGCGGAAAUUUGCCAGAGAACAACUAAGGAUCCUCCUACAUUGCAACCCCAGAAAGAACAGAAGCCAAACACUGUAGCAUGUGGGAAAGAAGAAAGAAAGCCCACAGAAACAAUAGAGAAAAACAGAGAACCUCCUCCUGCAAAGUCACAUCCUGGACAACCCAAAGACCAGAGGAGACAGUCAGGACGCAGAUCGUCCCCUCCAGCCGUUGGCAAACGCUUAAAUAAAGAACAGAGUACCCCUCCAAAAUCUCCUCAGUGAAACUAACACCUUGGGGGGAUUUGAGAAGAGGUCUACUUCCCACAAAUUAAACCCAUGUUCCCACUAAGAUACCUGAGAAUGAGUUGCUGGUUAGGAGCUUGCAGUGAUACUGGGCAUAUAAUAAUGCCUGCAAGUUAUUUUUCUGUGAAGUACUUUUUCCCCUCUUGAACAAACAUUCUAUUUUUCUGGGUAUUUCUGGAUAGUUGUUCUAAACCUUACAUUUAGAUUGGUGCUUAAUUGGAGGUGAAGCUUAGUGUGAUUUUUUUUUUUUCCAAGGUGUAAAAUAUUUGUCUUUAAAAAACAAAAUCAACUUUUUAUUAAGCCUCUCUGUGGCUGUGUGAGUGCAAGCUCUGUAUAGUGAGUUUUUUCUAAACUGUUAAGCAGAAAUGUGCUGCUGCAAUAUUUUUAAUAAACAGGUCUGCAAGUACAUAUCUAAAGUGUCCAAAAGACUGAUAACGGCAGCUAGUGUGUAGAGUGCAAGGAGGUAGAACAUAUUUUACAAAUUAGUAUGUGACCUUGAAGACUUUUUUUUUUAUUGGGCUGCUGUACUAAGUGUCAGCAAAUGAACUUGCACUUUUAGGUUAAAUGAGUAGCUGUUUCUAGUAUUUUUUAAAAAAAUAAUCUUUUUUUUGAUGUUUUGCACACACAAAAUUAAUUCUACGGGGCACCAUAGCAGUCUUUCUAAAAUAUUUCCUUUUUUUGACUUACUGCAAGCAAGUAACCAUCUUCUCACUCCAGAAUAAAACUGAUGUUAUAAUUUGCAAAUACAAAGCACAUUGUGAAUAGAAAGAAUCAAGUCUGUGAGCUUCUAUGAUGGUGAAGCCUGUUAGUGAGUGGAUGUUAUCAGGAGAAAGCAGUGUAGCCUUCUUGUGAUAACUUUAGCUUCCCUGUGCUUGUAAGGGAGUUAACUGAGUCAGCGCUGUAUAUUCUGGUUACCCCUGUGCUCUGUGUAGACUUUUUUUUAAGCUCUGCCCCAAGUGCUCUUUGAAAGAGUUCAUAUCUUAGUCAGCCUUGUGUUGACAUCUUCCUGUAACUACGAGCAUUGGCAUAUGGAUUUAAAUUUUUCAAGAUGUGAGAUAGUGGUGUUUGUUUUGUGUGGUGGAGGAAGAGAUCCCUGAUAUUUACCUCUGGGAUGAGGUUUCUCACACUUAUUUACUUUAGGAGUGAUGCGCUUUCUGAAGGACAAGGAUGCACUAAAUUAGCAAGUUUCUAAUAAAGUUGAAUAUAAAUUAUUUUUGUUUUAAGAUGCCUAAAGUUUUUCUUUAAAUGUUUAAACUGCAGGAAGUUCAGACAAAACUCAUUCCUGCUGACUAUGACAGUACAGUUUAUUCCACAAAAAUGUUUAUUUAAACAACUGAUUUUUUUAAAGAAUUAUUUCCAUCCAAUAUUUAAAGACUUGAAUUUUAUUUAAACUUGAAAAUGACUUUGCCUUAACUUUUGUACAAGACAGCUUAGAGUUAAUGAGGUCUGACCCCAUGGAGGGUUAGCAUGAAUGGAAUACAGAAUUACUCAGUUACAGUAUGUAUCUAUUGUCACUGGUCUUACUGGGUAAACAUACUGUAGUACAGGAACUAGCAGCAGUUUUUGUAAUAUACCUUAAAGAUCUUAAACAGUUGAUCUUUUUCAGAUUGUUGAAAAACCUGUAAAUGCAAAUAGUCAAUACUGUAUUAAAUAUGUGCACUUGGAAGUGUGUGCUUUGCUUGUACAGUUGUAAAUAAUCAGAACAUAUAAAAAGGUACCCUAAAGAAAAAAAUCUGAUAAAAAUUAUUGAUAUUAUAAAUGUUGCUGUUGAGCUGGAUGUAGAUAAACUAAAUGUUGUGGUUUGAAUAUUACUUUAA